AGAGAUGACAUCAAAAAUGGCGUGGCUGCAGAAAGUCCUGGUGGUCUCAGCUGUUCUCAUUGUGCGCAUUUAUGGAGAGACGCGAACGUGCAAAGUGACGUCAUCGCCGCUGAAUUUCGGUCAAUGGAAAGGCGAACUCCAUAUUCGACACGAACCAAAAAACAGCGAGGGUUAUUACAUAAAUGAUAUCUUUAUCUUCGCAACGCGAAAAGGCAUCGCAAAACUUCUUGACAAAGAAAACAACCUCCUUGGCGUGAUCUACUUUAACAAUGGUGGCCACGACAAGGCAAAAGAGUAUCCCUCCGCUAAGUAUUACUACACCAUUGAGUUUAGUAUGUCAGGCAGGAAAAAGGGGGCAGAGUUGUGGUUCGAGACGGCAGGCUGUGAGUCGAAAGAUUUACUUCCUGUGUAGUGGCUGGGUCAUGCAUUUGGUCUGAAGUCUAUCGCAACUGCGGAAGACCAGGGUUCGGAAAAAUACCAGGAUUCGGAAUAAAGGAAAGGUUCGUCGGGAAUACGUGAUAGAGGUGUUGAAACAGGUCUUAUAACAAAAUAUGUCAAACUAGAGUCAGGGUCUUCCCAUCAACAUGAAUUUGCUUUCCAGGGACGAAUUAUCCGGGGACGAAUUUUCCGGACAAGAAUUUUCCUCACGGCUGAAUUUUCCGGGGACGAAUUUUCCUCGCGGCUUAAUUUUCCGGGGACGAAUUUCCCCUCGAGGACGAAUUUUCUUUGCAGACGAAUUUUGCAGGGACGAAUUUCCCGGGGACGAAUUUUCCAGAGACGAAUUUUCCUCGUGAACGAAUUUUCCGGGGACGAAUUUUCCUCGGGGUUGAAUUUGCCGGGGACGAAUUUUCCUCGGGAACGAAUUUUCCAGGAACGAAUUUCCCUCGAGGACGAAUUUUCCGGGGACGAAUUUCCCUGGGGGACGAAUUUUCCAGGGACAAAUUUUCCUCGGGGUUGAAUUUGCCGGGGACGAAUUUUCCACAAGGACGAAUUUCCCUAGGGGACGAAUUUUCCAGGGACGAAUUUCCCUCGAGGACGAAUUUUCCAGGAACGAAUUUUCCACGGGGGAGAAUUUUCAAGGAACAAAUUUUCUGGGGACGAAUUUGCCGGGGACGAAUUUUCCUCAGGGAAGAAUUUUCUAGGAACAAAUUUUCUGGGGACGAAUUUUCCACCGACGAAUUUUCAUGUAACAAAAUCACUACGUUUUUCGGAAUCCGAAAUAAUGAUGUUAAUCUUUUCAGACACCCUGUAAAGUACUCGAGGAUGUUAUUUUCCACUGGGAAACUCCACAAAAUUCAAUAUCAACAUUUUAUCAACAUAAAGGAAAGGUUCGUCGGGAAUACGUGAUAGAGGUACUGAAACAGGUCUUAUAACAAAAUAUGACAAACUAGAGUCAGGGUCUUCCCAUCAACAUGAAUUUGCCUUCCAGGGACAAAUUUUCUGCAGACGAAUUUUCCUCAUGGCUGAAUUUUCAAGGGAAGAAUUUUCCUCGCGGCUUAAUUUUCUGGGGACGAAUUUCCCUCGAGGACGAAUUUUCCG